AUGGAGGUGCGCUUCACGCGAGGCAAAUCUGCGAUCCUCGAGCGCUCGCUCACGCGCCCCAAAACCGAGGUGAGCGUGAGCGCGUUCGCGCUGCUCUUCUCGGAGAUGGUGCAGUACUGCCAGAGCCGCGUGUACUCGGUGUCGGAGCUCCAGGCCCGGCUGGCGGACAUGGGUCAAGGGGUCGGAGCCAGUCUUCUGGACGUCCUUGUGAUGAGGGAGAAAAAUGGAAAAAGAGAGACCAAAGUUUUAAACAUACUUCUCUUUAUUAAGGUAAACGUAUGGAAAGCAUUAUUCGGCAAGGAAGCAGACAAACUGGAACAAGCCAACGAUGAUGACAAAACAUACUACAUCAUUGAGAAGGAGCCUUUGAUCAACGCCUACAUUUCAGUACCGAAGGAGAACAGCACUUUGAACUGUGCAGCCUUCACCGGUGGCAUCGUGGAGGCUAUCCUAACCCACAGUGGCUUCCCCGCCAAAGUCACUGUCCACUGGCACAAGGGGACCACACUGAUGAUCAAGUUUGACGAGGCAGUCAUUGCUCGUGAUAAAUCUCUUGAUGGCAGAUAGCAGAUGGCUAAGUUUUAGUCUUGAAUCUGGAGUCUCAACAUUGUUAUUCCCCUACUCAUUUUUAUAGCUUUGAUAACAAAUUCACUGCAUCUAGCACAUAUCUUAAAAUAACUUCAAAUCUGUCUCUGGCUGUCCUUUUUUAAUGAUGUUACAGAAUAUUGCUUAGGACAAGCCACAUCGACACAGUCACCUCACUAGUCCAGUCCAGUGUAAAAUUAUGUCUUUACUGACACACUAAUGCAGUGAGGAUGAAUUUUACACAUGCACCAUAAUAAGACAUGAAUAAGUUGUAAUAAAUGAUAAAUUAAAUCAGUAUUGAAUUUAGGCUUGGAUCUCACUGGAAUUUACUAUAACUGCAAUGAAGUUGUGUCAAAAAAAAAGACUCUUAGUUGCUUGAGUAUAUCACAGAAUUGUGCAGACAGUGUACAUAUGUCAAAAUGAAAAAUCAGAACUAGCAGUAGCAGAGAAGUUUUAUUUACAGCAUGAAUUAUUACGUUUGGACUUUUGUAUUAUAGAGGAUUGUGUUACUGUUUCAUGUGCUCAUGCUGUUUCAUUUUUCAUCACACAAUAUAAUAAAGAGUUUUUAAACCGCAA